GUCGUAUGUACAAAAGAAAAAGUAAAUAAAUAAAAUAUUUUAUCUGCCUAAAAGCUAUUAGAUUCACGAUAUUCGUAAACCAUCGUUUAAAUUAAAAGUAAUGGAAGAGAAAAAAUCAAUUUUACACGAGUUAUAUGUGUUUUCAGAAUGGAAACCAGAACCAGAAUAUUUGCAAAAGCCAGAUAGUAUUUUUCCAGAAACUAUUUCAGCACUGUGGAGGUGGCUUAAAUUUUUUGGUGCUAAGAAAAGUUUAAUUGAUAGUAUAGCAGCUCACAAAGAGCGACAACAGAAAUGGCACAUAGCCCUUGGAGAUGAGGGUAAAGUAAUUGCAGUCCUAACUGAUAACAUUCUUGAGAUUAGGACUAAAAGAUCAGAAUAUGCAACUAUAGCAGCCAGAACAACAGUAAGCCGUGAUCCAUAUUCUCAAUGGCGGAAGUUAGUGUGGAGUCCAGAUUGUUCUUUCAUAGUUGUAGCAUAUGGAAAUGGCAUAGUUAGCUUCUUCGAUCUCACUGCUUCAAAUCUCUUCAAUAUUCCAGCUGAUUGCUCCAGACCAGGAGGCUUAGAAUGUACAGAUAAUACCCAUGCUGUUGCUGAUAUAAUUUUCAUGCCACUCAGAACAAAGGACACAAAAUGGAACUGGGAAGUGUUAGUUGUGACAUAUGACGGCAAACUGCGUGGCUACCUAGUGUCACAAACGGAAGGUUUUAAACUUCAUCAUUCUUUCCACUUCCCGGGCGGCACAGGAGCGCUCUGCUACUGUGCACCACACUCUAUGCUUUUGGUUGCUGGUGUGCCGAGGUCUGGUAGCAAGGAUCCAUCGUCACCGUUAAGUGCGGGCAUCACUGCAUGGCGUAUUCUGAACGACGAUCCAUUCUAUAAACUCAGCGUAGUGUCAGACCAGUUGGAGACGCAGUUGGCUAAUGAAAGAUUCCAUCUUUACAUACCGUUUGUGUCUUCAAAGAAUAUGGCCUUCGUGGUACGCAUGGUGUUGUCCCCCGAUGCGACCAAACUGGUAUGUCUCCAUUGCAACGGCGAUAUAUCUGUGUGGCGGCUGCCCCUGUUGAAGUUGCUGUAUCGACAUCCGCUAGUCGCUCAGUCACAACAUGACUUGAACAAUCCUCUCGUUGACGAACAGAAGCUGACUAAGUACGAUCCCUCUGCCUUCUAUGCGGCUGACGUCAACUGGUGGAGCAAUGAGGAAAUAAUUUUGUCACGAUUUAGUGGUGCGGUCACAGUUUGCUCUAUAAUGGACAUGGUCAACUUAUUGGGAAAGAAACCAGAAUUCUUUCAAGGGACACCUCAAGUCAGUCUCUAGAACAAUAACUUUCACUUAUCCUUGUAUCUUUAUAGAGAUUAAUUUUCAAUAUAAUUUUCAUUUUAUUGAACAGGUAACCUGCGCUUACGAGGGAGCGUUUAUGGCACUCGAAUGUGAAUCUAAUAUACUGCCCGCAAAGAAAUCUAGAAGUGAUGAAAGUGUAAGUAUGCUCUAUAAGCCGGCCAGCUUAUAUAUCUCGGUAAUGGCCCACUAUUUUGUCUACACUUAAUAGUGAAGGUAAAGAAAAUCGUUUAAUAUGGAUGUAGACAACUUUUUUUUAUAAAAAUAAAAUAUAUAGAUAUCUUUAAAAAAAUGUUUUAAAAAGUAUCAUUCAUCUAUUAAAUUUAAAUCUAAAAAUAAAAUUAAUUUGCAAAAAUUCCCGCGAAAACGACUUCUGCCAUGGCGACUUUAUCGUCACCGCACUCUAAAACGAAUAUCAUUCUACGUAUGCAUAAGGUUGAAUUCUCUAAGUUCUGAUAUGAGUGAGAGGGUCGUGACGUCACGCGCUGUUUGCGGUCACGUGACAACGAGUAUAAAAUAUUUGUUUUUUCAUAACUAGUUUAAGCAAUAUUAAUAAUAUAAUAAGCAUAAUUGUGAUUAUCGGUUAUAAUAUAUUAAACACUACUUUUACGGUCUACAUCCGUAUCAGAUGGAAGUGGUGAAAGCGGAAGCGGACGUAGAAGAUUCCUUGCUAGAUACGAGCAAGGAGUUGUUGAAAUGCAUUCUUUAUGCUAUAACGGACAUGGAGACGUUCCAGCCGCGGCCGCGACGCAUCACCGUCGUGUCGCGCAUAUAUCGGCUAUUGGGUGUUAAGAGUACCACGCCCACUGAACUAUUCUCUAGGAAGGUAUGUGUUUCCAAUAAGUUCACGGCGAUAUUUAGAAUCGGAGAAGGUAUUUUAUUUAAAUUUAAAUUAUUUUAUUUAUUUAAAUUAAUUACAUUACAUUACAUCAUUAUCAAAUUACAUUACAUUAUAUCAAAUUACAUCACGUUUAUGUCCCGUAAAUUGCUGAUGCGCUGGAACCUUGUCUAAAUAACACCCGCGUGACGUCAUUUAAAAAUAUAAAGUAUAGAUAGCACAAACUGAAAGUGAUAAAAUAUAUUUAAUUAUUGAAAUAAUGUAAUCCCCAAAAUACUGUUCAAAUAAUUUAAUAACUUUUAGUUUGUUAAUUUAUUACAUAAAUUUUUGGAAAAGGUGCUAUUUUAGUCAACCAUAACAAGUAACAACAAAACUUAACAAAAAUAAUCGAAAACAACAAAAACAUAACCAAAGUUGUGUGUGAUCUUAACACGACCCAACUCAAUAAGAGUACUCGUCAACCAGUGUUUAUUUGUUAACACACCACUCAGGCGCAUUAGCAAUUUGCGGGGAUAAU